GUAAUGGCCCGGAUCUCCUACACGUUUGCAACACAAGCUGUUGCUGCAGUUGCUUCUUGGGUCUAAAUUCUCAUGAGUGGAAUCAUAUGAUCCUACACCGACGCCCUGAACAAUUUAUUGGGCUUUUGAAUCUCAACAAUUUGCGCUCAUGGUUCUCUAAUCCAGACCAUUGGUGUUUUUCGUCCUACUGUUUAUUGACAUACCACCAAAAUGUCGCAGAUUGGAAUGUCGAAGUCACCGAACUUGGGCCUUUACACAAUUGAAUGGAGUCAGUUGCUGUAUCUCUCUUUUCAACCAUCUAUUUGCUGGCAGCAAAUGGAAACUCCUCUUUGGACAAGAGCUAUCAAAACAUAAAACUAGACCAGGACCAUUUCACAAAUUUCCACAUGAAUUGGACAGAUCGUUUAAGUAGGUUAGAUGAGGUCAAUAUUCCUUGGAAUGUUGUUCACAUGGGAUGAACAAGAUCUAUUCUCUUUGAAAUCACUCGGAGUAGGUUUUGGUUUGCUCAACAGGGCCUAGGUAUCGAUUCCACCAAUGUUGUUUGUUGGACAGCAUUGCCAUAGAGAUUCUAAUGUAUGACCAUCGUCUUGCAAGCAUGCAUUUCAUUCAUAUGCAGUCAGCCGAAAGAAUGAUUACUUUUUAACUUCAGUUGGUCCAUCAAGGCCUCCUUAUCACAGCAAUCUGCCACCAACAAUCAAAAGGUCCCCACAGCCUAUCUGGGUUAUAAGAAGGCCCAGCGCUAAAACCAUCCAGUAAGAUCUGGUUGGCCUGAUUUGAUGCCUAUCAGAUUUUGGGUUGCAGUGAAACUCAUGCAGUUUGAUCAGAUUAUGGACCUACAUGCGAGCACUAAUCAUGCCUACAAUGUUCACAUGACUAACUAGGCAGUGAUAAUCACUAAAAUUCAUAUGUGUUUCAUCCUUUAUUUAUAGCAGUUAUAUCUAUAUGUCUCAUGAAAGGCCACACACUUUGUAUUGUACAUGAUGUGUCCUGAUGACACUAGAGCACUACUUGAUUACUACUUUUAAGCAAUUUUGGCUAUGGACCCACUUCUCUCUGUAGGUGAUUUGCCACAAUGUCAGCUUAUAGGCUUUCUCUAGCCAUCUAGAAUUUAGGUGGUUGCUGUCUUAACAAGCCAGGCAAGGACGUUGGGAUGGUGAAAUAGCUAUUUUAAUUGUUGUACAAAGCCUGCAGUUUUUGUUUCCUGCAUGGUGUUUCGAGGCCUUCCAACUUCUUCUUCUUCUUCUACUUUUUUUUUUUUUUUUUUUUUUUUGCCCAUGUUCUUCCUGUUGGUGGGUCUGUUUGGCCUUUUUUCCUAUAGUGGAAGCUAAAGGAAGUUCUGCCUUCUUUAUGUGGUGCGCCCAUUUGGGCUUGUUGUCACGAAUCAGGUAGGGCCCCUACAUUAGGCUGGUUCACUCACCAAGUGUGCCCGAUAAAUGGACUCACAUGGUAUUUGAACAAUCUUUGUCAUCUCCACAAAGCUGACUGGAAUUGGUGUGCUGGUUUGUCCACAAAGCGAGUGGACCUGGUGUGCUAGCUCAAACAUUAUGUUUGUUGCAGUGGACUCGGCUGUGUUGUUUUUCUGUUUUUCUGUGUUUUGAUGCUGGGUGCAUUGUAAGGCGAAAAGGUUGAAUGCGUACAAACGAAGUAUAACAGUAACCAAAGCAAUGAAAAGGAAAUGGAAUCAGCUGAGUGGCAUUGGGUGACACAACAGUAUCGGUGCCUAUUUGCCGUGGGUGAGCCUACAAACAUCCGGUCUACAAUUUGGGUGGGUGAUGGAAUGUGGUCCUGCAUGCAUCACCAUUGCAAAUGUAGGAUGUGAGCCUGAUUCACUCCUGACCAUGGAUCCGAUGGUAAAUGGAUUAUAGCCUGCAAAAUUCAUUGCCAGAGAGCCAAAUGCACAUGGAGUAAGCAGGUGAAAGGUGAACUUAGCAUAUGAUCCAUCCAACUGGUGGUUCACCCCUCUAAUAAGCCAAAAAAGAUCGGUGGACAAGGAUGAAUAGUUCACCUGGGACACUAAAAAAGGAUGAUUUUUUUAUUUUUAUUUUUAAUCAUGGGGGGUUGGCAGGUGCUCGAACAAUGGAAACCAACUUGUAGGGACGGUGUAGAUAAAACCAUUCGACUAAAGUAUCUAGAGUUAUAAAGAAAAAGGAACAAAUUUUGAAUUUUCAAAUAUGAAAAAAUCCUUCCAAUUUGAUUUGUUUCUACAAUUAAAUAAUUUUUUCUGCAUCCUCAUUUGUUUCAAUUCUUUAAAUUAUAUAGAAGGGAGUUAUUUGAUACUUUGGUAGAAUAUGCCAAUAUUAUUCACUAGAAUAAGCUACAGGUUGUUAUUGUUUUUUUCUUUUCUUUUCUUUUUUCUUCUUCAUUUAUAAAUAGUAAUUUUUGUGCCCUCAUAUUUAUUUUCGUAGCUUUUGGUUAACCGAACUCAUUUUCUGGAGAAUUUUCUGGAAGUUACUAGUUAUUGGUUGACUAUAUACAAUCAGAUUGAUGAUUAUGGGCAAGAAGAGAAGUGGAGAAUGAAGAAACGGGUCUUUGCUUUCAUUGAUGUUGAGAAACUUGGAUCCAUCACAUUUAGACAGUUCUUGCUCGAAUCAGCCCAUAUAAUGAAGCAGCCAUUGUUUCAGCAAGCUUGCACAACAACCAUUAAUGGUUGUGAUGACGAAGGCAAGGGUUACAUCACAAACCAACAGGUAAUAUCUGCUCUGUUGUUUUCCUGUAACAAGCUUUUUGCCUUUUUUGCUCCCUUGUCUCUGAUCCUAUUGUGUGCACCAUUAGGAGAUGCUAUCCAUUCUGCAAUGCCAAGCAUGAAUGAUGAUAAUGUAUCUGAGCUAUUCAACUUGUUUGACAGUGACAAUGAUGGUGCUGUUAGUUCCGACAAUUUCAUGGCUUGCCUAAGAAGGAACCCAUUGCUUGUUGCGCUCUUUGCUUCUAAUUCGAUGCAUUGUGGCUUGAUAGAAGGUGGAAAGCUAGUGAUUGCAUGAUGAUUAUAUGGGCAUAUUAAAGUCCCUGUGAAAUGCUUGAUGAUUGGCUUCUAAUUCAACACUGUGUGACUUACAAUAGGUGGGAAGCUAGAGGUUUUAUGAUGA